AUGGAAAUCACAGUGGUCGAGGCGUCCGGCGCUCGGGAGAAGGUGGCGGUCGGGCAGCAGGCCACGCUCGGCGAGCUGCGGCGCCGCAUCCUCUCGCUCUCGCUCCGCUCGUGCACGCUUGCCCGCUCGGCGCCCGCCAAGACGCUGCACAUCUGCUUUGACGGCGGGGUCCUCGGCCCCGAUCGGGACGCGACGUCGUUGGUCGCGCUCGGCGUCACCGGUGCGCCCGUCGUGGUCGUGAUUCUCGCCUCGGCUGCAGCAGCGAGCGGACAGGCGCCACCGCAAGGCCCGGCCCUCGGACGCGCUCUGCCGGAUCUGCUUUGGCGGUGA